AUGGCUUCUUCUUUGAAUAAUAAUGAGGUGAGUGAACAAGUGGCUAUAGAUUCAACUCAAGUAGAAGCAAACACAACACAAGAAAGUCAGGAACUUGAACAUGAACAAGAACCAGAAUCAGUUGUUGGGAGAAAGAGGAGAAAAACAUCAAGCAUUUGGAAAGAUUUUGAUGAAGUUGAAAUUAAAAAAGGUGUGAUGAAAGGGGUUUGCAAAUACUGUAAACUCCAAUUUGCUACUGGAGGGUCGGGAUCUAGCACUAGUCAUAUGAAAAGGCAUAUUGAUAAAUGCUUGAAAAAGAAGUUGCACGAGUCUACCGAAAAGAGACAAACAACCAUUCCGUUUCAGCCUUCAAAUUCAGGUAAUCCCUUUAUUACUCCCGGUGCUAGAUACUCUAAUGAAAAGAUGAGGGAAAUAAUUGCAACCGCUAUCAUGGUCCAUGAAUAUCCUUUUAGCAUUGUUGAAGAUGACGUUUGGAUGUGGGGUUUCCAAUAUGCAAACUCAGAUUUUCAUAAGGUUACUCAUAAAACAAUAAGGAGUGAUUGUGUGGCAUUGUUUGAGAGGGAGAAGAAAGUGUUGAAGAAAAUUUUAGAAAGUGUGGGAAAGAUAAGUUUAACUACUGAUAUGUGGAAAUCUAGCCACCAGGUAGUUGAGUAUAUGGUUAUCACAGGACAUUUCAUUGAUUCAGAAUGGAAUCUUCAAAAAAGAGUUUUGAGUUUUGUGAAAGUCCCUGCACCAAGGCGUGGAAUUGAUGUGGCUGAUUCUAUUUAUAAAUGUUUGAAAAUUUGGGGGAUUGAAAAUAAAGUUUUUUCAGUAUCCGUUGAUAAUGCCUCUUAUAAUGAUUCAUGUUUAAGAUGUCUCAAAGAUGAUUUAUCUCUAACUAGUAAGUUAAUCCUUGAUGGUUCUUUGUUUCAUGUUAGAUGUUGUGCUCAUAUAUUGAAUUUGUUGGUGCAAGAUGGCCUUAGUAAAAUUAAGGACAUCAUUUUCAAUAUUCGUGAAAGUGUCAAAUAUAUUAAUCACAAUGAUGGAAGACUAAAGGCAUUUUGUGAUGUGGUUGAGCAAAAAGGUUUGAAAGAAAGGAAACUCAUUAUUGAUUGUCCAACAAGAUGGAAUUCAACCUUUAAUAUGUUGUCAACUGCUUUGAAUUUUAAGAUUGCAUUUGCAGCCUAUAAAGAAAGAGAGCCUCAUUAUGAUUAUGCCCCUUUGCCUGAAGAAUGGAACAAAGUUGAGAAAGUUUGUAAACUUCUAGAAGUGUUUAAUCGUGCUACUCAUGUUAUUUCAGGUAGUGAGUAUCCGACUGCAAAUUUGUAUUUGUCUGAAGUUUGGAAGGUGAAAGAAAUACUUGAUAAGGCGGGUGAAGAUGAAGAUCUCUUCAUGAGAGAAAUGGCAGGUCCAAUGAAAAUAAAGUUUGACAAAUAUUGGGGGGAGUGUAAUAUGUUGAUGGCUAUAGCUAGUGUUUUGGAUCCUAGGUGCAAAUUUCAUAUGGUGCGUAUAUGUUUUCCCAAGAUAUAUAAAUCUAAAGAAGUUGCUGAUGAGAAUAUAAUGAAGGUUAGGUGUUCAUUGGAAGAGUUAUAUGAUGAGUAUGUAGCUCUAUCUUUGGCAGAGUCUUCGUCUUCUGUUGUUAAUUUGGAUAGUAAUAAUUCAUCAUCUUCUCAAGUAAAUGUCGUAGCUGUCAGAACUGGAUUUGAUGAAAUUAUGAGCAUUAUUCAAGAAAGUGAAGCCAUUUCUCCAAUAAAAUCCGAAUUGCAAGAUUAUCUUGAUGAAGGUAUUUACAUUCCUAAAAAUGCCUCUUUUUGUGCUCUGGACUGGUGGAGGAACAAUAGCAUGAAAUAUAAGAUAUUAUCUAAGAUGGCUGCGGAUAUACUAGCUAUUCCAAUCUCAACUGUGGCUUCUGAGUCCACAUUCAGUGCUGGAGGUAGAGUUAUUGAUGAACACCGCUCUAAGCUAAAUGAAGAAUCUGUUGAAGCUCUCAUUUGCGGUGGUGAUUGGUUUCGUCAUAAGUAUAAUGUGAAGAAAAAACCAAAGGUUGAAAGAGAGGAGAUAAAUAUCACCUUGAAGAUUUGAUAUCACUUUUGUUUGAAUAUGGAAUAUGUUUUAUUUAUUUGCGUUUAAGGAGUUAUUC